AUGGUUGUGCUGGUUGUGCUGGUCGUGCUGAAGAAGCUCCUCAGAUACAGCUCCCAAUAUGCCCUCACCCAUCCCAUCACCCUGGCUGCUUUGGAGCAGGACUGUGCCCACCAAAGCCCCAGGGAGAAGAUGCGACCCCUUGGAAUCCUCAUCCUCCUCUGCUUCCUUUCACGCUCAGCCACCAUCUGUGGACCCGACACAGUGAUAGGUUAUGUUGGAGGGUCUGUGACCGUGACCUGUGACUAUGAUGUUGGGUAUAAGAAGAACGGAAAAUGGUGGAGUCGAGGGGCAGCCAGCAGUUCCCGCAGAAGCCUUAUAGAAACCACUGGAAGAGAGCAGGAGGCUAAGCGGGACCGUGUGACCCUCAGAGACAUCCAGAGAGAGCACAGGUUCAUUGUAACCAUGGAGAAGCUCAGACUCCAUGACACUGACACGUACUGGUGUGGGAUUGAAAUGCCUGGACCUGAUCUGAUGUUCCGGGUGACAGUGGCUGUUGGCCCAGGCCUUUUUGCUCCCCUACUCCUCUCCAUCAUCCCUGCUGGGUUGCUGCUUCCCCUACUGGUGGCUGUCCUGCUUGUUUGGAGGAAGAUGAAGCGUCAGAGGACAGAUUUCCCCUCUGGUUUCUGGGCAGUUCUUGGGGUGACCCAGACAGAUGCCAGCACAGCCCACAGCAACCUCAGGUGCUGGAGUCUCCCCAAAACUGGUAAGAGUCCUGAGACCACACCUGAGAUACUACCUGCCCCUUUCCCAGCCACCACCUGGUAUCUGGAGACCCAAUACACAGAGGAUUGGAGCCAUGAGCCUGUGUCCAGAGUUGGACAGGACAUCCAGGAAGGGGAGUUCAUCUGCUACGCACCUCUGUCUCUGAGCCCCCAAGCCCCGGAUUCCACUUAUGACAACACAGACCCUGACAUUGUCCCCAGUGCCAGCAGGAGCUCUGAGGUUGCCAUGGAGUACAGCAGCAUCAGGAGGCCCAAGGAUGGGUUAUGA